CGAGUAUUUUGGUGAAAGUCUAAUAAUAAAUACCGUAUAAAACUGACAACGAUAUCUUUGAACGGCAGUUUUAUCCAGUAUAUUGGCUCAAAAAAAACAAGCCAUCAAAGGUAGCCUAAAUGGCAAAGUAAGUAAGAAUUGCUCGCAAUCGAGGUCACAGAAUGCUAACAACUUUAAGUGUUGGAAUUCAACGGCCACUCUUCAGCUUCCCUCUCUCGCAGCGCUGCCUCCUUCUCCUCCGCAGCUUCACCGCCUUAGCUCAUGCAGACCAGGUCCCAGUAGACACAGAGUGUAGUGAAUUCUUGCCGUGGUUAACACAUAAAUCUGGCACCGAAAUCUCGUCUGUCUUGUCAAUUGGGAAAUCAAAUUAUGGCAGGUCAUUGUUUGCUUGUAAACAUAUACAACCUGGUGAUUGCAUAUUAAAGGUUCCUUUUAGCAUGCAACUGGCACCGGAUAAUCUACUUCCAUCAAUAAGUUCUUUGUUAGCUGAUGACAUAAAUAAUGUUGCAAAGCUUGCUUUGUUCAUCUUACUACACCAAAAGCUUGGUCCGGCUUCCGAAUGGGCGCCUUACAUCAGAUGUUUGCCACCUGUUACAGAUUUGCAUAGCUCGAUAUUUUGGAGUGACGAGGAACUAAAGAUGAUUGAGAUAUGUUCUCUAUAUCAAGAAACGCUGAAGCAUAAAGCUCAAAUUGAAAAUGACUUCUCAUCCAUAAAACACGUUCUUGACCGUUUUCCUGAAUAUUUUGAAGAUGUUACAUUGCACAAAUUUAUGCAUGCAUAUAAUUUAGUUGAAUCUCGAGCAUGGGUCAGCACAAGAGGCAUUUCAAUGAUUCCUUUUGCAGAUUUCUUUAACCAUGAUACAUUUUCGGAAACAGAUGUCUUAAAUGAUGACUUCACACAAGUCUCUGAGGUUAUUUCCGAUGAGAAUUAUGCUCCUGGUGAUGAGGUUCUUAUAAGAUACGGGAAGUUCUCCAAUGCUAGACUUCUGUUGGACUUUGGGUUUAUACCUCCUUCCAACAAGUAUGAUAAGGUUCAAUUUGAGGUCAGUGUACCUCAGCAUGAUCACCUACGUGGAAUGAAGUUGGAUCUUUUGAGUAGACACUCAACACCAGCCUCAAAUGAUGUUAACGACUUGAGCUCUGGGGGAAAUGCCUUCACAGUGAUGGAAGUUAAGCCUUCUAGUGGCAAAGGGAGGGGAAUCCCACAAUCACUCCGUGCGUUUGCUCGUGUUCUAUGUUGCACCUCUCCUCAAGAAUUGCAGGACUUAGCUACUAAAGCAACAAAAAAUGAUGGCCGUUUGGCUCGAGUUCCUUUCAAGAACAGGGCAAAAGAAGUGGAAGCACAUCAGCUUUUGCAUUUAAAAUUCAGUCAUAUGAUUGAUAAUUAUAAUGCAGCUCUUGAGUCUCUAAGUUGCCACAGGUCUCCAUUGUCUGGAAAACGUACACAAAGGAUGAAGAUGGCUCGAGAUCUUCUCACUGGGGAGCUUCGGAUCCUUGAAUCUGCUUCUUCAUGGCUGAACAAUUACUGUAAAACCUUAAAUGACCAGUGACGAGAACAUAGAACCUACUUGGUUUCUGAAACAAAGAAGUAAAAAAUUGUGAGGCAUGUAAAUGGUAAAGUUCAAUAGGUAGCAAGUGAUUAAAGUUUGACUUGUGUAUUAAACCAUUUACUUUGGUUUUGUUUGUCUAAGCGAAGCAUUUCUUUUGGA